ACCCAAUAAAUUAACAUGGAGAAUGCAAGCAGUGUGAAGGAAUUCAUUCUUCUGGGCCUCUCAGAGAACCAAGGAGUGCAGAAAAUAUGUUUUGUGAUGUUUCUGUUAUUUUAUAUGAUUACUGUGGCAGGAAAUCUGCUCAUUGUUAUCACUGUAAUUAGAAGUCAACGUCUGAACUCCCCCAUGUAUAUCUUCCUCUGCUACCUGGCCUUUCUAGAUAUCUGUUUCUCUUCUGUCACAGCUCCCAAAAUGAUUGCCAACUUCCUUGUUGAAAAUAAAACCAUCUCCUUCAUGGGUUGCAUAGCGCAGCUGUUUGGGGUACAUUUCUUUGGCUGCACAGAGAUCUUCAUCCUCACAGUGAUGGCCUACGAUCGCUGUGUUGCCAUCUGCAGACCUCUCCACUACACCACGCUCAUGACCAGGCGCGCGUGUGGCUGGAUGGUGGCCGGCUCAUGGGUAGGAGGCUUCGUGCACUCCAUAGUGCAGACCCUUCUAACCUCCCAGCUCCCUUUCUGUGGCCCUAACAAAAUUGACCACUACUUCUGUGACGUCCACCCCCUACUACAACUGGCCUGUACUGACACCCAUGCUGUGGGCAUCAUUGUCAUUGUCAACAACGGAAUGAUAACUCUGAGCUGUUUCUUCAUCCUGAUCAUAUCCUACAUUGUCAUCCUGGUUGCCUUGAAAAGUCAAAAUUCGGAGGGGUGGCACAGGGCCCUCUCCACCUGUGGGUCCCACAUCACUGUGGUGAUUCUGUACUUUGGGCCAUGCACGUUCAUCUACACACGUCCAUCCAUCAAUCUGUCAGAGGACAAGACCGUGUCAGUGUUUUACACUGCCAUCACACCCAUGCUGAACCCACUCAUCUACACAUUAAGAAAUAAGGAGGUGAAGAGUGCCCUGAGAAAACUGUGGGGUAGAAAAGUGGGAAGUGAAAAUGGGAAGGUGUAG